GCAAAAGUUACACUUUAAUACCAAUACCUAAGAAAUAAAACGUAAAUCAGCGUAUUCUUAUCCCGUUCAAUCAUAUUGAAAUGUGAAAGGAAGCUGUUGAAAGUUGUACGCCCUUGUUUUAAAAAGCUUCGUUCGUUCUAAGUACACGUAUAUUCAUUUGGUUAUGUCGCGCUAUUCACAUUCCCAAAGGAUGAAUCUGGGGACUAUUUUUAAUUUUCGAGAUCUCGACAAAAAUGUUCAAGUCCAUCUUAAGAACGUAUACAGUACACUCUCUGUUGGUUUGAUAUUAUCGUGUGUUGGGGCAUACCUAUUCCAAAUAAACUCUUUCCUGCAGUCUAUUACAACUUCUCUGAUGGUUUUGUCAUUCAUUUUAUCCCUUGGAAGCUCUCUGUUCAUUUAUUUUACGCAACACUCGAGAGAAACCCUUCAUUCUAGACUUGGUGCUUUUUUCUUGUUCUGUUUCUCUACAGGUAUUGGUUUCGGUCCGCUUCUUCAAGCUUUGUCAAUAAUCAGUCCUGAUACUAUUCCAACUGCCCUUUUGGGUACUGCCUUGAUUUUCGUCUCAUUCACUUUAGCAGCACUGUUUACACGAAAACGAUAUUACAUUUAUCUUGGUGCUGCCUUGAUGUCUGCAAUCAGUUUGUUGACAACAUUUAGCUUCAUGAACUUAUUUAUUCGUUCUCCGGCCAUAUACACCGCUGAACUCUACAUUGGAUUGGCUAUAUUUUGUGCAUUUGUGGUUUUCGAUACCCAAUUAAUUGUUGAAAAACGCCGUAAUGGGGAUACUGACUUCGUAUGGCACACGUUGGAUUUGUUCAUUGAUUUUAUAGAAAUAUUCCGUCAUCUUCUUAUAAUCCUCAACUCUAAAAGGAGACGUAAUCGUGAUGAAGAUUAAAGAAAAAAGAUGGUCUUUAUUUCUUGACCGUUCAACUAUAACUUGUUUACAUUGCUUAUUAAUAAUAAUACUCUUUACUGGUAUUAUUUCACUUAAUCUUUCUACUUCGCAUUUUCUUGAAAAACAAAAAUAACUGAAGUACUUAAUUUUAAAAAAAUUUGUUAUAAUAAAUUUACGUUGUUUUUGAUUAAGUCAAGAUUAACAUGAACUUAAUCAACACAAAAAAUAUGUUUUAUUUAAAAAAAGUGUAUUCUGAUACUCUUUUUGCUCUAAAUAUCAAACUAUUCAGAAAUAUGCCCCAACUUUACUUGCACCAAUUAAAUUGAUUGUUUUUUUUUCACUUUGUCUUUUGGUUUCUUGUUAUUGUGAUCCAUAAUGAACGAAAGAGUAAGCUGUUGAAAUACUUUUUUAAUUUCAUCUAUUAGGUUUCAAGUUUAAUUAGUUCAGCUGUAAAACUAAGUUAUGGGAGAUUAAACGUGUUUGUCAGUUACCAAAUCAUCUAGGACUUAGUAAUAG